AUGGCUUCCAGGUGCUCGAGUGGCAGUCACUCCUUAUUUCUUCCCUUCUUGUAUCCUUCUUGUUUCACAUCGAUCACAACCACUGUCCCCCGGUCCAUCGCGAAGACCCUGAGCAACCCUCCCCGUCGCCACAGCUCUACACACGUGGCCCAAGAAUCGACAUCGUCGCGCCUGAACCCGGCACCCGAAGACUAUGCAGCCCCGAAUUUCGCUGACAAGGCGUCCCUGACGCUCUAUGCCGGCGGUGGCGGCAAUGGCUGCAUCUCGUUUCUGCGCGACAUGUUCCUGCCCGAAGGACCCCCAAACGGCGGCAACGGUGGCCACGGUGGGAACAUCUACAUUCAGGCCGUGCAUGGCGAGACUUCUCUGCACAAGCUAGCUAGAAAGCGCUUCAUACGGGCGGAGCGGGGGAAGAACGGUCAGGGAAGUGCCAAGGCGGGCCAGCGUGGUGAGGAUAUCAUCAUCACGGUGCCCGUAGGUACCAUCCUGCGAGAAAUCAGCCGAGAGGAUCCCGUCGCUGAGGACAUCACCUAUCGCCGCGCCCUAUACUACGAGCGGAAAGCAUGGAAGACGAGAAAGCGCGAGCGGGAGGAGGAGGCUGCUGAGGCUGCCAGGCGCGAACUUCUUCGCGCGGAGGACGGCGAAGAGGUUGACGACCAUGAUCAGUCGGCAGCGAAGCAGAAGGAAACAGAGCUGGAGGACGACCCUGAGCCCGAAGAUCCCGACCGCGAAAAGUUCCUCGUCUACCCCGGUGCCGCCAGGAGCGAAAUCAAGAGUCUUGUCUUCCCCAAGGCCCCGCGCCGCGAGCGUUACUACCACCAGCCCCCUGGACCCCUGAACAUCGACCUGUCCCGCCCGACCCCUACGCCUAUCCUCCUCGCCGCCGGGGUUUGGCGGUCUCGGCAACCCACACUUCGUCUCUCGCGAGUACCCACGCCCCCUAGCACCCUCCUCCGUGCCCUCAGCAACUCCCGCACCCGCGUCGGCAACUGGGCCUUCACAACGCUGCAGCCCAACAUUGGCACCGUCGUGCUCGACAGCUACAAGGGCCGCCCCGUCAUGCGCUCCUUCAAGCGGGCGCCCUCGACGGAGAACGGCGGCGUCCUCCCCGCCGACGAGCAUGAGCAGCAGGCCGAGGCGCGCACGCGCUUCACCAUCGCCGACAUUCCCGGCCUCAUCGAGGGCGCCCACCUCGACCGCGGCCUCGGCAUCGCCUUUCUGCGCCACGUCGAGCGCGCCGGCGUCCUGGCCUUCGUCAUUGACCUCUCGGCCGGCAACGCCGUCGCCGCGCUCGAUGCGCUGUGGAACGAGGUCGGUCUCUAUGCGAGGAUGCGCGAGGAUGAGGAGCGCAGCCGCGAGGCCGACGCCAAGAUCAACUGGGAGAUCGAGGAGGAACAGCCCGCGCGGCCCAAGUACAAGGGCCGCUUCAGCGACCCCGUCAUGAUGGUCGCCGACGCGCCGGCUGAGCCGGAGCGCGUCUCGGGGCUGCACAUUGCCUCGAAACCGUGGUAUGUCGUUGCGACAAAGGGCGACAAGCCAGAGACGCAGGAAAAUUUCAAGGAGCUGCAGGCCUAUUUGGAAGAUAUCAAAAAUGGCGUCAAGCCGCACCCGAGCGGCAUUGAGGAGGCUUGGACGGAGCGGGUCACUGCCAUCCCCGUCAGUGCCAUCAAUGGGCAUGGUGUGGACAGGAUUGUCCACUGGACUGUAGGAUUACUAGACGACUAA